UAGAUAUACCCUGACUUUUUGACAUGUUAACUGUGCAAAGAAUAUGCAUCUUAGAGUCGAUGAAAUACGGCGAUUCUUUCUUCACUUUUUUCAUCGUGAUAGUUUCGGGAAACAGCCUUCUGCGUCUGCGUAGGUCCUUCGGCCAUAAAAGUUGGCUGGCGUUCCCUUCCCGGUCUCACUGCAGAGGGUAAAUGCUGAACCCCGGAAGCACCGUUCCUUCUCCUUCUACGUCACCGUCAGACAGGCUUAUUAUCGCGAGAGGUCCGUUCUCCCGGGCGCUUCCGCCAACGCGCAGAUCUCGUGAGACCGCAGCCUGAGGCGCGCAGGGAGGCGGCGAUGGACGCAAGAUGGCGGCGGCGACUAUAUUUCUUUUUAACUUUGCUCAUGUAUGGCUUCUCUGAUUAUGACUGAAAAUUCAAAGAAAGAUUGUCAGCUGAACUAUUGACAAUGCAACCACAGGAGUUAAUGACCUUCAGAGAUGUGGCUGUAGACUUCACCCAGGAAGAGUGGGCAUUGCUAGACACAUCCCAAAGAAAACUGUUUAGGGAAGUGAUGCUGGAGAAUAUCAAUCAUUUGGUCUCAGUGGGAUAUCAGGUCUGCAAAUCAGAUGUUCUUUCCCAGUUGGAACAAGGAGAGGAAGUUUGGAGACAAGGAAUGGGAUUUCUCCAAAACCAGAAUACAGGCAGGAAAAGUGCCUGUAAAAAGCAAGAAAUGAUAUUCAUACAACUUUCCGACAGGAAGGACAUUUUUGACAUUAUGUCGUUGCAGAUCUCUCACAUUCAAAAGAAUUCCUUUCAGUGGAAUUAUUUGGAAGAAGAUACCACCCUCAGGUGCACAGAGAUUCAACAUGCACCAAUUCCCAUGAGAAAGAAACCAUAUUUAAACAAACUCACUGACAAAUCAUCUUUUAAUCAUCAUAAGCAGACUCACACUAGAAGUAAAUCAUAUGAAUGCCAUCAAAGUGAUAAAGCCUUUAUUAACAGCUCUGUACACGGACAAUAUAGUGGAACUCAAAUUGGAGAUAAACCAUUUGAAUGCCUUCUGUGUGGGAAAAUUUUCAUUAGAUUUUUUGACCUUAGACAACAUGAGAGAGCUCACACUGGAGAGAAGCCCUAUGAAUGUAAUCUUUGUGGAAAAGCCUUCAGUCAAGCUUCUAAUCUUCAGCAACAUGAGAGAACUCACACUGUAGCAAAACCCUAUGAAUGCCAUACAUGUGGGAAAGCCUUCAUUCAUUGUUCUGCCCUUAGACGACAUGAGAGCACUCACACUGGAGAAAAACCCCAUAUAUGCCAUCUAUGUGGGAAAGCCUUUAGUCGAUAUUCUAGUCUUAAACGACAUGAGAUAACUCACACUGGGGAGAAAUCCUUUGAAUGCCACCUAUGUGGGAAAACCUUCAGUCAACAUUCUUAUAUUAGACAACAUGAGAGAACACACACUGGGGAGAAGCCCUAUGAAUGCCAUACAUGUGGGAAAGGCUUCAUUUAUUGUUCUGCCCUCAGACGACAUGAGAGAAUUCACACUGGAGAGAAACCUCAUGAAUGUCAUGUAUGUGGGAAAAUCUUCAGUCAGUAUUCUAAUCUUCGAAUACAUGAGAGAAGACACACUGGAGAGAAACCGUUUGAAUGUGAUACAUGUGGGAAAGCCUUCAUUCAUUGUUCUACUCUCAAACAACAUGAGAGAACUCAUACUGAGUUGAAACCCUAUGAAUGUCAUAUAUGUUUGAAAACCUUCAGUCAAUAUUCUUAUCUUAGACAACAUGAGAGAACACACACUGGAGAAAAACCCUAUCUAUGCCAUACAUGUGGGAAAGCAUUCAUCCAUUGUUCUACCCUCAGGCGACAUGAGAUAACUCACACUGGAGAGAAACCCCAUGAAUGUUAUCUAUGUGGGAAAGCCUUUGCUUGUAGUUCUGCUCUCCGGCAACAUGAGAGAAUGCACAGUGGACAGAAGCCAUAAGAAUAUCAUCAAUAUGAGAAAGUCUUUACUUUUUCUAUCAUUAGAUAACUUGGAAUUAUUCAAGGUUUAGAGGAAACCUAUGAAUGUCUCCAGUGUAGGAAAACAUGCAGUUAAUAUUCUGACCAUAGAUGGAAUGAGAGAACUCAUCCUACACAUUAAAAAUAUAGACGAGAUUUCAUCCAGAGCUUUAACCUUUAAUCACACCAAGGAAUGCACACAUUGAAGGAACAUUAUGCAACCAAUAUGGUAGUACCUUUUGUCUUUAGUACUAUCUCAGUAAAUAUAUGGAAAUUAAUGCAGGAGGGAAUCCAUAUCAAUGUCAUUUAUGGAGCUAAUCCCUUAGUUCAUCUGAUGAUAUACCAUGAGAGAAUUCAAACUAUGUAUUGGAAUUGGAAAAUCCUCAUCUGUCAUUUUAACUGAUAGGCAUGCUGCAGAAUUGACAUGUAAGAAAUUCUGUAUACUCAAUAUGAGAGUUCCUUAAUUAGUAAUUUAUCCUUUAUAUAAAAUGAGCAAACUCCACAGGAAGGAAUCACUAGGUCUGUAAUUGCUAUCCACUAUCAUUCAGUGAAAUAAAAGCCUUGGUGUGCUAAAGAAUGUUUACUUUAGGUAUAACCAUGACAACAUGAAAUGAGAGGGAAAAGUCACAAAAAGUUGGAGAAAAAAUUUGAGAAAAUGCCAUCUUUUUUUGCAAAUAGAAUUUAAGGUAUUAUUUAAAUAUCUGAAUACUUUCCACAUGUUAAAAUAUUUAACUUCCUAAACUACUAUGAAUUCAUUUCUAUUAUUUCUCCCAAAUGGAGGAUUAGAGCAGUGAAGUAUCUUGGUCCAGGGAUAUUUAGCUAGUGAGUAGCUUAGCUUUAAUUCUGCCAAGUAUUGCUCCAGAGGUCAAGCUGUUAAACAGAAUGGCACACUGCCACUUCAUACACAACAUAUGCCUCUAGGUAUGUAAAAAUGUAGAAAUAUGUGCUUCCAAAUUCUGUCCACCUGAGCUUCUGAAGGUAGUUUCUGCCCGCAUUUUAGAUUCUUCAAUUCCAGGAUGCUGAAAUAUGCCACUGAAGUUUCAAAGAGUUUUAUAAAGGUAAUAUUAGUAUAGUUUUAAAAUAUGUACAAUUAAAAAGUACAGUUUCAAAGCUGCAUUUUAAAAUACAGUUUUAAAAUAUUUUUGUACUAAAAAUAUUCAUGUUUUAAUUUUGUAAUACAAGCGAUCUAAGAAACAUUUUCCAAAAAUAAUACUUCAUCUUCUGGAUUCAGGGUCCAAUUCACUUUUAUGUUGAAGCCCAGAGGAAUACACAGGAAGGCUGUGGUACCAUAUUUACAUUUCUUUUUUUUUUUUUUUUUUUUUUUUUUGAUGUAACUAUCUUUUAAACUUGUUUAUUUUGAAAUAUUACAUAUGCAGAAAAGAUACAUUUCAAAGUACUGUUGAACAAGCAGUGAUAGGGCAAAUUUCAAAGUAUAGUAUGGGUUACAGUUUCACUAUUUCAAGUAUUACCUACUAGGUGUUCUAAUACUACCAGAACUAUAAAUAUUUAUAUAAUUCAGUAGUCAUUAUGAUUUGUUAUAUCCUAUUCUGUCUUUUAUAAGUUCCCCCCUCAUUUGAUCAUUGUCUCAAUGUUAAGAGGUAUUUGGGCAAUGACCAUUCUAACUUCUUUUUGAAAUGGGGUGUCUACAUUAUGGGGUAGCGGGGGGCAACUGGUUGAUGUUGGAGAGACUGGUACCUCUGGACUUCCAGGUUUAUCUGGCAUAGGAACAACCUGGAGGUUUUAAAUUCCUGAAAAACAAACAGUUAAAUAUUUUUAUAGAUUCUCAGAGCCCUGGGUAUUUGCUAGGGUUUUAAUUAAUAGUGUUGGUUGGGGCUUCCAUACCAUGGCAAUUUGUGACGUCUAGCUGAAGUUUGCAGAAUAGCCUUUCAAUUCUAUUUGAAACACUUAGCCACUGAACCCUUAUUUUCUUACAUUUCUUUACCCCCUUUUGUUAAAAAGGGCAUUGGCAAUCUCAUGAUGUUAGAGUGAGGUUCCUCCUUGGGAGUCAUAUCUCACAUUGCCAGGGAGACUCACAUCCCUGGAAGUUAUGUCCUGUAUAGGAGGGAGGGUUAUGAGUUUAUUUGCAGAGAUGGCCUUAGAGAGGCCACAUCUGAGCAAAAGAAGUUCUCUGGAAGUGACUCUUAAGCAUAAUAUAGGUAGACUUAGCUUUCCCUUUGCAGAAAUAAGUUCCAUAAGAGCAAGUUUCAAGAUUGAGGGCUUGGCUUAUUAAGUUGGGAGUUCCUAUUGCUUGAGAGAGUGUGAGAGAUUUUCCAGGUAGGUAAGUUUAAUAGUUCCAUAUUUUUUCUCCAGUCCCUUAAGGGCCUUGGCUAAUAUAUUUUUAUUAUCUGCACAACAUACUUUGCAGUGUAUCUGGAUAUUACAUUAAGCUAUACUGAAUUACAAGGUCUUGUUCCACCUAGACUCCAUGAGUUAGGUUAUUUAAAUAAACUGGCCAAACAGGUUAAGAUAAAUUGUGUACUACAGAAAAUUUAAAUUUGGGGCAAGUGUUUUACUUUAUGGACAAUGUCAUCCUUUACCCUGUCUUUUUAAUAUCUUAAGUGAGGAGAGUUUGCCUCAGUAUCCUGGCUCCACAAAGUCUAGACAAAGAAAGACAUUUCCUUCUUUGUAUCUAUGCUUCAUCUGAGAAUCAUUUUUCUUCUCAUAGACCCAGCUUACUAAUAUCCUGUUUAUCUACAACUAAACAUUUUAUAAUUAUUUUCUCUUUAAUAUUUAUAUCCUUUAGUAGUUGGUAUUAUCCCAUCUUACUGAUGACUAACAAGGCCCAUAAUAAUUAAUAAACUUGUUUUCAUUCUAAUUGAAGAAAGUGAUUUAGCAAGAAUAAGUGGGAGACAACGGGAUAAUUUAGAGAGAAAAGCCAUAAGGAAUACUUUAGAUGGUUGCCAAUAAUAUCUUAGUAUAGAGAGCACUAACCAGUCGUCAUUCAUGGGCAUAUGAUCUAUUCUAAGUCCCUGAUCCAAUUACCCGUGUUAAACUGGAUAAAGAUACUACAACAAAGGAAAACUACAGGCCAGUCUCUCAACAAAAUACUUGAAAAUCAAAUCAAAUGGCACCUUAAUGAAUUAUACAUCACAACUAUGUAGGUUUUAUCCCAGGCAUGCAAGGAUGGUUCAACACAAGAAAAUCAAUGUAAUAUAACACAUUAACAGAUAGAAAAGGAAAAGUCAUGUGAUCAUUUCAGUUGAGGAAAAGGCAUUUGACAAAAUUCAGCAUUCUUUCCUGUUGAAAACACUCCAAAAUGUAGACUCAAAGGAUUUUCCUCAAUAUGAUAAAGGGUGGAUCUGAAAAACCCAGAGCCCAUGUUCUCAAUGGUGAGACAGAAUGCCUUUCCCUGAGAUCAAGAAUGAGACAGGGAUACCUACAGUCACCACUGUUCAGUAUUGUGCUAGAGUACUAGCUAGAGCCAUUAGGCAAGAAAAAGAGUAGGCGUCCAGAUUAGAAAGGAAGACUAAAAUGCAUUGCAAAUGGCAUGAUCCUAUAUUUGGAAAAUCCCGAGAAUCUAUGACAAAGUUACUUGAGCUGAAAAUUCAGCAGUUGGGAUUCAAGGUUAACAUGCAAAAAUCAGUAGUGUUUCUGUAAAUUUGUAAUGACAUAGCUGAUGAGACAACGUUCCAUUCACCAUAUCAACUAAAAGAAUCAAGUGUCCGGCAAUAAACUUAGCCAAGGAUGUAAAGGACCUGUACACAGAUAACUACAAAAUAUUGCUAAAAGAAAUCAAAUAAGACAUAAAUGUGUAGAAAGAUAUUCUGUGUUCAUGGAUAGGAAGGCUAAAUGUUAAAAUGUCUGUUCUCCCCAAAUUGAUCUAUAGAUUCAAUGCAAUGCCAAUCAAAAUUCCAGUAGCCUAUUUUGCAGAGUUGGCAAAGCUUAUUAAAUUUAUUUGGAAUGGAAAGGGACCUCAAAUAGCCAAAAGCAUCCUAAAAAAGGAAGUGGGAGGACUUAACACUUUCUGGCUUUAAACUUAUUAUAAAGCCAUAGUGGUCAGAAAAUCAUGGUACUGAAACAAAUAUAGACAUUGAUCAAUGGAAAUGAAUUGAGAGUUCAUAAAUACACUGUCACAUCUAUGGUCAAUUGAGUUUUGACAAUGUCCACAAAUCCAUUGAACUUGGACAGAGUAGUCUCUUCAAUAAAUGGGGCUGGGAGAACUGGAUAUCCAUAUCCAAAGGAAUGGAAGACCCCCCUACUUUACUUACCGUAUACAACAAUUAACUCAAAUUAGAUAAAAGACCUAAAUAUAAGAGCUAGUACUAUAAAACUCCUAGAAUAUAGGAAAACAUCUUAAAGACCUAGUAAUAAGAAGUUACUUCUUAGAUGUCACACUGAAAGCCCAAGAAAUGAAAGAAAAAAGUAAAUGGGAAAACCUCAAGAUUGAACACUUCUGUGCUUCAAAGUUCUUUGUCAAAAAGGUGAUGAGACAGCCAGGUGAAUUGGAAAGAAUAUUUGGUAACCAUAUAUCUGUUAAGGGUUUGAUGUCCAAUUUAUGUAACUAAAUUCUACAACUCAACAACCAAAGGAAAAACAAUUAAUAUAAUGGGCAAAAGAUGAAAAGACAUUUCUCCAAAGAGGAAAUACAAAUGGGUAAAAAUGACGUAGAAAGAUUUUCUUCUUCAUUAGCCGUUAGGGAAUUGCAAAUCAAAACCACAAUGAGAUAUCACCUCAAAUCUAUAUGAAUGGCUGCUAUUAAACAGGAAACUACAAAUGUUGGAGACAAUGUGGAGAACAUGGAACACUUUUUCACUGGUGUUGGGAAUGUACAAUGGUGCAGUCACUGUGGAAGACAGUUGGGCAGUUCUCCAGAAAAUAUCAAGUUGCCCUAUGACCCAGCAGUUCUGUUACUUGGCAUAUUCCCAGAAGGUCUGGAAGUAGACCACCUGCACACCGAUGUUCAUAGCAGCAUUAAUCACAAUUAUGAAAUGAUGGAAACAGACUGUGUCCAUCAACAGAAUAGUGGAUAAACAAAAUGUAUAUACAUAUGAUGGACUGUUCAGCAGUAAGAAGGAAUGAGGUCCUGAAGCAUGUGACAGUAUGGAUGAAACUUGGCAUAAUGCUGUGAAAUAAGCCAUACACAAAAGACCAACAUUGUGUGAUAUCACUAAUAUGAACUAACUAAAACAUGUAAACUCAGUCUUAAAACUAGAGUAUAGAGUAUCUAGAGAUAGAAGGUAGAGAAGGGGUAGUGUUACCUAAUAUGUAUAGAAUUGUUAACAAGAUUGAGCUUAAAUAUUUCGGAAUGAAUAUAGUUGAUGGUAGCUCAUUGGGAUUAUAAGUAAUAGUGACCUAUUGUAGGUGAACUUGAAUGUUGUUAAAAGUCAUCUGUCAGUACGUUCUUGCAUGAACUACAAAUGUAAAAAUUAAAGGGAUGUAUGGGAAAAAUAUAGCUAUCACAAGCUAUGGAGUAUAGUUAAUAUUUUAAUCUUCUUUCAUUAGAACAAAUUUGCUACACCAAUAUUAUGGAUCAACAAUAGGGGGUGUAAAGCAUAGAGGAGUGUUUUAGUUUUUAAUCUCUAUUCUUGUUUCUGUACUGGAGUAAUGGAAAUGUUCUAAAAUUGAUUGUGGGAAUGUAUGCCCAACUAUGUGAUGAUAAUGUGAGCCGGUGACUGUAUACUUUGUAUGGUUUAUGUGUUGUGUGAAUAUAUAUCAAUAAAAUUUGGGGAAAAAACAUGCACGCUUUAGUUACUAUGUCAAGUGAAUUAUUGGCUUCCUUUUCUGAGUAAGAUGAAGGAACUGGAGGAAACAACUACUUCAGACAAAAUAUAUGAAAACAGUUUUCAGAUGUUGGACAUCAGGCUAUGUGUUAUAGUGAUCCCUGAAACAGAAACAAGUGAAGUGAGGACUAUAGUCACCUAGCUUACAUUCUGAUGGAAGUUUUAUGGAAGCAGUGCUGAAUGGGUAAAUCCAGGAAAUGCCCCAUGGUUUCCCUGAAUUGAAUUUGGUGUUUGAGUAGGUCAAGUCAGAUUUCUCAGGACAUAGAGGCCGAGAGAGGGGAAAAUGCACAGAGAUAGAGCUCUAAAGUUGUGAGGCAGGGCUACCCUGGGAUCCUUAGCUGAGUACUGAACAUCGAAGAGAAUGAGAAAAGUAUCUGAAACUGAGGAAAGUAGCAAUCAAAAGGAGCAAAAGGAACAAAUACUGUUUUAGACAUAGAAAAGCUGAAACAAUUAGCAGAUCUGCAUUAUAAGGGAUAUUAAAGGAAGUCUUUCAGACAGGAAGAAAUGGAUAUCAGACUGAAGUUUUGCUCUAUACAAAGGAAUGGAGAACAUCCAAAAUGGUAUAUAUGUGGGUAAAUACAAGACUUUUCCUCUGAUUUUUAAAAUCUUUAAAAGAUAACUGGAUUAUAUCACCACGGUGGUGGGAUGAGAUGCUCCAGUGCUCCAUCCCCUGCACGGAAGAAUUAGACUAGAAGCAAAAACUGGGAGAACCCCAUUUCUCAGUUCUGAAAAACUGUUGAGUUGCAGUAACUUGACAACUGCCAAAUCAAUAAAACACAACUUUAAAAUGGUAGGAAACUCUGACCCAAUUGUUGGACCUAUCUCUAACCCCUCCCUUGGUGUGGAGUCAGCCUGUGUGAUAAGUGCCCUUUCUUGUUCCUAGUUACAGAGGGAACAGUAAAAUUUAUGCACAUACUGGGAUCCAAGUCUCUGGUGGCAGCAUGAAAGACUGAACCAGGAUACUUAUCUUUGACCUGCUGUCCCAGAGCCUGCUCUGGAUUUAUAAACAGUUUGUGGGCAACUAAACUAUUGAAAGAAAACAAAACUCAGUAGAUCAAAGAAUUACUGGUUUUAAAAGUUAAUAUAGCACACAGAACUGAGUCAAAAAAACUUUCUGGGGGUGAGGGAUGUUUAGAUGCAUGUAAACAGGGAUUUUCAUAAGACCAUGUUGCAUGACUAGAGGACACAAUAACAGUAUCCAAAGGAUGGGUCUACACUUUCACCCUGGCUUGUUCUUUAGUCUAAUUUUUAGGCUAACUGAAUUCUAAAUGAGAGUACUCACAGAAAUCUGCAAAGGUUGGUAAAGUUUAAUUUUCUUUUAGCUGCAGACAUAAAAAAAAUCACUUGUAACACUAUCUGGGGUCAUGCUUAAGGAACAAACAAGCCAGUCACUAAAUUCCAGAGUUAGCACAUUAAUUAAAGUGCACAGUGUACAUCAAGUAAUACAAGUGCUACAAAACAAGAAUUGAUGCCCAUUCACAUAAACAAGAUUAAGCUGCAACAAAAAACAUCAGAAGGGAAGCCUAGUAUUUGAACACACCAGAGACUUAAAAACUUUCUUCCAUAUGCUAAAAGAUCUGGAGGAGACCUAGACAGAGAAAAGAAAUCAAGGAAAUAUAGUAGCAAAAUGAGAAUUUUGGUAAACACAAACUGUAACAGUUAUUCAGUCUGAGGAGCAGAAAGUAAAAAGUAUGAAGAAACAUGAACAGAGCCAAAGAUAACCAUAAAACUUUAAAUAUCUGUAUUAUGGGAAUCCCAGAAAAGGAAUAGGGGCAGAGGCAGAAAGAAUAUUAAAGAAGCAAAGGCUGAAAAUAUACCAAGGUUAUUGAAGGACGGGAAUAAAUGCAUCUAAGAUACUCAACAAACUCCAAACGGGAAACUCAGACAUACUGAGACCUUAAAUUCAAACUCAAGUAUCAAUCAGAGAAUUUUGAAAGCCACAAGAGAGAAGUAACACAUCAUGUACAAAGUCGCCUCAAUUCAAUUAUGUGCAUAUUUGUCAACAGGAAUCAUGGAGGCAAGAAGGCAGUGGGAUGAUAUAUUUAAAACACAGAUAGAAAAAAAGUGAACCAUGAACUCUACAUGUGGAAAAACUAUUUUAAAAAUGAGGGGGAGGGUACAUCAUUUUCAGAUGAACAAAAGGAAACACAAAAGAUUAAAGCAAAAGUAGACAGUAAUGGAAGAGUGGAUGGAAAUAAAAGGUAUAGAUGUUUUUAAAAAUAACCCAAUGACAAGAUGUUCAGAAGUAAGUUCUGCCCUAUAACAGUUACUUGAAAUGUAAAUAGAUUAAUUGCAUUCAAAAUAAGAGAUUGUCAGAAUGGAGUUUUUAAAAAUCAUGGCACAGCUAUAUGCUGUUUUCAAGAGAUUCACUUUAAAUUCAAGUGUACAGAGCAAUAGAUGAUGGAUGAUAGAG